AUGGUAGACAUUGCAGAUAUUGAAAAAUCAGCCUUGGGACCGGUUUAUCCUCCAAGUCCAAGAGUUGUUGCUGAAGCUCAUGUUAAGAGCAUGGAGGAAUAUCGUAAGAUGUAUGAUAGGAGUAUCAACGAUCCAGUUGCUUUUUGGGGCGAUAUAGCUAAACAAUUCUAUUGGAAAGGUGCACCAGAAGGCAGAGUAUUCGAUUACAACUUUAGUAAAAGUAACGGCAGAAUUUUCAUCAAGUUUAUGGAGGGUAUCAAAACCAACGUCUGUUAUAAUGUUAUUGAUCGCAAUAUUGAAAAUGGCCUUGGUGAUAACGUUGCUUUCUACUGGGAAGGAAACGAACCAGGUGACGACUCUAAGGUUACCUAUAGUGAGCUAAAACGCCGAGUUUGCCAAUUUGCCAACGUUCUAAAGGCUAAAGGUGUCAAGAAAGGUGACCACGUUGCUAUCUAUAUGCCCAUGAUACUUGAACUACCAAUAGCUGUCUUGGCAUGUGCAAGAAUUGGUGCACCACACUCUGUUGUGUUUGGUGGAUUUUCAGCGGAAUCACUAGUUGAUAGAAUACUGGAUUCGAAAUGUUGUCUCCUUGUCACUGCAGACGGUUUAUACAGAGGGAAGAAAUUAAUAGAACUGAAGAGUAUUGCUGAUCAGGCUUUCCAAAUUCUGAAAGAUAGGAAUUACUCGUUAAAAUGCUGCAUAGUUGUCAGACAUUUGUUAGAGGAUUUAGACAAAAAAGGACCUCAGGAACCACCAAAACGACCAUCAAAUAUCGGAUGGAAUGAAGAAUUAGAUUGUUGGUGGCAUGAAGAAGUUGCCAAUGUUUCAGAUGAAUGCGAACCUGAGUGGCUCGAUGCCGAAGAUCCUUUAUUUCUUUUAUAUACUAGUGGAUCGACUGGCAAACCUAAGGGAGUUGUUCAUACUCAAGCCGGUUACCUUUUAUAUGCUGCGACAACAUUUAAAUAUUCAUUUGAUUAUCAUCAUGGAGAUGUCUACUUCUGUACUGCUGAUGUUGGUUGGAUUACUGGACAUAGUUACGUCGUUUAUGGCCCUCUCGCUAACGGUGCCCCAAGUAUUGUGUUUGAAGGAUUGCCCGUAUACCCAGAUGCUGGUCGCUACUGGGAUAUUGUAGACAAGUAUAAAGUUUCUAAAUUUUAUACUGCUCCAACAGCAAUUCGUUCCCUCAUGAGAUUUGGUCCUGAUUAUGUGAAAAAGUACAGUCGUAAGACAUUAAAGGUGCUUGGAUCUGUGGGAGAACCUCUUAAUCCGGAAGCUUGGCGUUUCUAUUAUGAAGUUAUUGGUAAUGGAGAAUGCUCUAUUUCUGAUACGUUUUGGCAGACCGAAACAGGUGGGCAUGUUCUUACCCCACUUCCAGGUUGUACACCCAUGAAGCCUGGAUCUGUGUGUUUCCCAUUCUUUGGUAUCAAGCCGGUCGUUUUAAAUGAAGAUGGCAAUGAAGUACAAGGGCAGAGUGAAGGAUAUCUGGCUAUUAGCCAGGCAUGGCCAAGUACCAUGCGUACAGUUUACGGUGACCAUGAGCGCUAUGAAAAUACAUAUUUUGGAAAAUUUGAUGGAUAUUAUUGCACUGGCGAUGGUUGCUUUAGAGAUAAGGAUGGAUAUUUUUGGAUUACUGGACGUAUUGAUGAUUGUAUUAAUGUAUCUGGUCACUUAACAAGCACUGCUCAAGUUGAAAGUGCAUUAAUCGAGCACGAUCUCGUAGCAGAAGCUGCUGUGGUUUCUUAUCCACACGAAAUCAAAGGUCAAUGCUUAUACGCAUUUCUAACCCUAAUAAAGGGAGCUGAAUUUAGUGAUGAAGUAGUCGUUCAACUUAAGCAACAAGUACGACAAAAGAUUGGGUCUAUCGCUGUACCGGAUUACAUUCAAGAUGCCCCUGGAUUACCUAAAACUCGUUCGGGAAAGAUUAUGCGCCGCGUUUUGAGAAAGAUUGCUCGUAAUGAUCACCAAUUGGGUGAUAUUUCUACAAUGGCAGAUUCGUCAAUCAUUGAAACUCUAUUCCAGUUGCGCCCGGCUUCUCUGAAGUGA